ACGCAAUACAUUUUUCUGCAUAGCAAGCACUCGACAACAGGCUGCAACGCAGAGCUUUCGCACGUAAGUCGGUUUCUCCAAAACACUUUAUUGUUUUGGUUUUUUAUUAUUUUGUUCUUCCUCUUUUCAUUUUUAUUCUUUUCCAGUUUUUUAAUCGGUGGUUUAAAGGUUGCUGCCGAAUUUUGUAUACUAGAUAUGUAACGACUGGCUUCGCAAUUCAAGGUUGUAAACAAAUUCACUAUCAAACUAGAAACAAGCUCCUAUGGAUAUUUUAUAUAAUGCGAGGGACUAAAACUUUCGAAAGUGUAACGGAUACAUUAUAGUAGCUGCUUUUGCGUCACAGAACUGACUUUUUUAACGACCAGGGUUUCUGUUUAGUUCCAGUAAAAUUAAAAAAAGAAAGAAAGAAAGAUAAAAACUUAAAAGGGUAGUCCCCAGUUGUUUCAACUCUUGAAAAUUUGUUACUCAGUUUCAACACCUAAAAUAAAUUCUGGUUUUCAACAAGCUGAGGCCGUGCAAGAAAAAACGGCCGAUCUGAAGGUAAAGGUAAUGAACACACGAUUAACCUGUCAGGAUCACAGUUUAUACGACUUUAAAAAGUUUCCGGUUUUCGCGUGAGACCGUAAAAAUAAUUUUUGCAAUUAAUGUUGCUGAAGCAAACACAUAUUCUUACUUAAAUCAGCUUUCUUUUUCACUAUAAUAUUGUUUUAGUGGUUAAUACUGAACAUUGAUCCAUGAUAGGUUCAACUCAACGGAUUCACGCUGCAUCUCGUCAUGCGCAUUUUAGCCUUCCUCACGUUUACCUCCUGUAUUGCAUUAAGUCAAUUGUCUUCUGCUAAGUCAUCGAGUCAUCAACCGGGCGUCGUGCAAGGAGAGAAGAAGUGUGAUGAGGUGAGUAUAACAACCAUUUCUUGACAAAAUCGGGCCAGUCGAUGACAUUCAUUGUACAAGAAAUGGUGGUUUAGAAGCUGUCACUUAAGCAGCAGAGUAUUUAUUUCAUUUUUCUAUCGCAUGCAGCUUCCGGCGAGCGAAUCAUCAUUUCAGCAUUUUCUAUCAUCUCUUAGAAAGGUUUAAUCAAUAGUAUUUUAUUUGUUAAUCAGAUUCAAAAUUGCUUCGCCCAAAGGACGCACGCAGUUUCUCUGUAUUUGACGCUACCACUUUUCUGCCCCAACACAUUUUUUUCGGAUCCACAGGUUUUUACUCAGGCGGGCAUUAUUAUCUAUUUUGUGACUCGCUAAACUACGUGAAUGAUCUUGCACUAAAUUUUCUUCCCACUCUCUUUUAUUUGUACUACUGAUGAUUGGAAAGGCCAGUACUGCCGAGCAUGUUGUGAGAAUGGAUAUGUAUUACUGGUAGUGAGGAAAAGACACAACAACAGUGCCCCUUUAUGAGAACCUCCAGUUACUAAAUAGCUAGCUGGUUAUUCCGGCGCCUUUUCACUCUUUGUUUUAGUAUAUGAGUUACGAGGAAUGUGUAAAGCAGGCUGCGGCGACCACUGCAAAAUGUCGCAGAUCAAACAGUUCACACCUAAACGUUGACAAAAUUUGUACCGACUUCGAUCAAAAGCUAAAGAAGCUUUGCAGCGCCCAUAGCGGAAAAGGUGAGUGCUAGUUAAUUCAGAUCAUCGUUGCCUUAAACUCUUCUGAGGGGAUAUAAAACGUUCGGAAGGAGGCUUUAUUCUUGGCGUCCGAAGUAUCUCGUAGUUUUGGAAUUUUUCUGCAAAACAAGUUGCAAAAAAAUUAGCCCCGGACUUAGAUCAUAAUGAACGCUCACACCAUUAUGACCAAUUUUAUCAAACCAUAGACAUGACAUUUUUUUUUUGCAUUAAGAGCUAUUCCUGGAAGGUAAAAGUUCGCUUUUAAGGUUCUUUCUUGACGAUCCAAAGGGGAAUCUAUCAAUUCGAGGGCUAGAUUUCGUUGCCGUAAAUUUGUCUUGGGCCUCCUACAUUACUACUUGGGAUAUUGAUAUUGCUAUUGCCGCAUUGAACUUUAACAACCAAAUUGCUUUGUUGACGCGUUUAAAUGAAGAGAAAUAAAGUAUUCCAAAAGUUUAAAAUCAAGAAUCUAGAAUAAACCCAGCCCUCUCUCGUCAUUAAAAGCAUCUUCUAACUCUGAAUCCUAUCUUUUUUAGCAUCCUGUCUGGAGUGUUUUGAUAAACUGGAAGAAGCUGUGGAAAGAUGCAAAAAUUUAUCCGACAUGAUUCAUUGUAAAAAUAACAUCACAGCCACAGAAUGCGAAGAAAUGAAAGCGUCUCUUAUCAGUUACUGUAGCAGUAAAGAAUGCGACGGUUAGUGUAAUUGAAGGAGAACUUAUAAACAAAAAAAUAAAUUAUUGUUUACGGGCAAAGCCACAGAAGGCAUAAAAAAACUGAAAAACUGACAGAGUGAUAUUUUACACGGGACGAUUCGCAAGGACGAUUUUAGCGCAACACCCCUUGCAAUGUUGGAACAAUGUUACAGCCAUUCAAACCAAUGCCGCAACAAUGUUGCAACCCAGUGUUGCACCUUAUUGCUUCUGUUUUUUGGUUAUUACUUCAUCGGAAGAGAGGCAGUGUUUUACAUUUUGGAAGAAGUUAAAUUAAAGUGUAUCGGUGUUAAUAAAACAUCAAAGCUGAGGUACAUUUUCUUUCAGUUUGCAAAGACCUUUACUGUCGCAACGGGGGGAAGUGUGCUGGGCCGUCAGCUGUGUGGUGCACGUGCCCGGCAGGAUACACUGGAGCGUUUUGUCAAAAGAAGGGGAAAAGUAAGUAUAAUGAAAAUAUAAUUUUACAUGGAAUACUUGCAGUGAUUGCUUGGGAUUUUAGCCUUCACGUUAACUACCAUAUCAGUGACAGAACAAAUAAUGGUGAGAUGGGGAUGGCCUGCUUUGAAUGGUCAGGGUUUUCCUGUACAAUUAACUGAUAAAACCUUUUUUCCUUCUACUGAACUUUUUUGGGAGUAAAACAUUAUUCAACAGUUCAAGAUAUUUUUACCAAGUAAUAUGCCUUAGUAGUGACUUUCAUUGGAGUCUUAUCUGCUUCGUAAAAGUAUAUAAAGUAGCCCUUUUCUUUUUUUUUCAGGCAAGUGUACAGCAAAGCCCUGUAAAAACGGCGGCACUUGCAUUGGAGACAACCGAUGUAAAUGCCCACCUUCCUUUUACGGUGCUCAGUGCGACAGGACGAGCAGACUGGGAACCAAAGAGAACCCGGCACCCAACGCUCAAGCAAUCCUUGACGCCGGAGAAAGUCAGGGCAGUGGCAUGUAUUGGAUACAGCCCCCAAAUGAAACGGCCCGCGCUGAAACAUACUGCGACAUGAGCUUCGCUGGUGGAGGGUGGAUGCUAGCAAGUUACGGCUACGUUCAUACGCCGAAUGGAAAUGUCAACAACAAGGACAACAAGGCAAUACCCAACAUGAACAAUCCCUUUGGUUACAGCUGGCUUCCUAACAGACGCAGUUCCUCAAAUGGCGUGAUUAAUCUACCGCAUGGCGCAGUUAAAAUUGCCAAUAAUGCUAAUUACAUGAUCAUGGCUGCUGGUAAUAACCCAGCAUCUGGGGGAAUCGAUCAAUAUGCAUAUGUAUACCGCAUUUUUCUAAGUAAAAACCCUUACAAAGUUACAUUUUUAAAUCAUAACCUCUUUAAUGGCGGACAGCAAGGUCGUAUGCAUGUAACUAAAUUUGUAGUUGAAGCGUUGAAAGGAGAGAGUGGGACAUAUGUUCGAUUUGCCUUGGGGGAGGCCCUGGGGGUAACAUGGAGCGACUCUUACCCUACCGGAUACGGUUUUAAUGAUAAAAACUCCACAAAUGCAAACUUUAACAAGGGUCCUUUUUUUCCCAGUGUCCAUUCCGGAUCAGGACGUAGCCCGUGUUCUUUUUGUACUCCGACCAAUUUCAAGCCUGAUGUACCAGGUGGCAAUCCUCACUACACUCAUCGUGGGUGGUAUACUGCAAACGGUUACGGGAAGACGGGCCAGACUUCAGUUUGGUUUAAAUAAAUGGCACCUAGCGAGAGUAACAACAUUACACAGCAGUCACUCGAACUACAUUACAUAGCUUUUUCAUGAUUUUUUUAAGUUGAAAGGUUUAUCUUUGUAACUUAAUACGGUGGUAUUAUAUUUUAGUGUGGGUUUGGAGGAUAGAGGAUUCAAGACGUUGCAGAAAACAUGAUAUAUUGUACAUUGUACUCCCUAUCUGUCUCAUUGUUCUUCAUUAGCGAACAGCUUUCGUUAAUUUUGGAAAUCAGUUAAACCUACAGAUUUUUCAGUUAUCUGCCAGCAGACAACUGAGAUGUUCAUAUAGCAGAUGUAGGCAUGUUCGGGGAUUACAGAAGUUCCUGUUUUGUGCGGUUAGCUUAGCACUUUUACCGCACUGGCAUUUAAUUGGUUCUUUGGUACUUGUCAAUGACGAUAGUGUAGCUGUCAGCUGUUCUCUACAUGGUAAGCCACACAGGGUAUGCUACUUAAAGUUAUCACGGUCAGCUAACCCAAACAUGUCUACUUCUUAUUUACUUAAUUCGCUGGUGAUGGGCUU